AUGUCUUCAAAUCCACCAGGUAUCCCGUUGAGAAUCACGGUUAUCGGGGGUGGGAUGGCCGGUCUCUCAUCAGCAAUUGCGCUCUCAGACAUAAAUCCCGACCACCAGAUUACAGUCCUAGAAUCAAACCCCUCCCUAAGCGAGCUCGGCGCAGGAUUGCAGCUUUUCGCAAACAGCACUCGCGUCCUACACAAAUGGGGCCUAACGCAGGCCCUGGAAAAAGUUGCUUUCCAAUCCUCCCACCUGUCAAUUCGCCGCUGGGAGGAUAACACAGAAUUGUCCUUCAACAUGAACAACCCCGCCAGCACAUGGAUCUACGGCUGGCCCCAAUGGCAGAUAUACCGACCGGACCUGCAGCAAGCGCUCUAUGGACGGGUGAAACAGCUGCCCAACGUGUCCGUUCUAUUUGGUAGGUCAGUUAAAUCCGUGGACCAUGAGACUGGGACUGUCCACACGACAGACGGGGAGCUCUUCGAGUCAGAUUUCACGGUCGCAGCAGACGGGAUCUGGUCUCGAGCCAGGCGAUGCUUGCCCGCGUCAAAGGAUGUGUCCCCCAUAGCUUAUCGGGAACAUAACUACCGCGCUGUGAUACCGCGGUCGAGAAUGCUCUCUGAUCCAAUCACUGCGCCGCUUAUGGCUUCCCCGGAGGCGAAAUCAUGGGUGGGGCCCAACGUAUUCGUAUUGGGGUAUACGGUUGCCUCGGAGGAGUUUUAUAAUCUUGUUGUUGGUGUUCCACGGGCGAGCGAAGGGGUGCCCGUUGGGUCUUGGAAUCACCCUGCCAACGUCGAGACGAUGCGCGGUCUUGUAUCUGAUUGGUGUGAGGAAGUUCGAGCGCUGGCCUCGCUCGUUCAAGACGGCGAGUGCGUUUCCUGGACCUUGGGCGAGGUACCUCCUAUUCCCAGCUAUGUCAGUACAUCUGGAAGGGUAGCGCUAGUUGGGGACGCGGCGCAUGCUCUUCUUCCUCACGCUGCGCAAGGGGCUGGAAUGGCGAUAGAGGAUGCAGCGAGUCUGGCGGAGUUUGUGGGACAUCUGAGGUCGAGAGAGGAUCUGCCGAAGGUGAUGGGUGCUUGGAGCCAGUUUAGACAGGCUCGUGUGGAUCACCUACGCAGUAUCAGCCGUGGCAAUGCCAGUGACAUGACACUUCCGGAUGGGGAACGUCAGAUUGCACGAGAUGAGAAAUGGAAUGCUAUUCGCGAUAAGCAGCGCGCACAGUUGGCUGAGCUUGGACCUGAGAAGGUUAGAGAGAAGAUGAUCCGGGAGAGACCCACGCCUGAUCCCGCUUGUAAGAGCACAUUUGAGCCUGGUGGUAGAAUGUGGAUCAAUGGAUUUGAUGUGUGCGAGGAAAGUAAGAAGUUCUGUCGCGAACAUCUGGGACUGCAAUGA